AUGCACGAGGAGAGGCACGACUUCCCGGGGAUGCUGGGCAGCAUCGACUGUAUGCACUGGCCGUGGAAGAAUUGUCCAAUGGCUUGGAGAGGAGCAUUCACUAGCGGGCACAAGGGCUCGCAUCCAACGAUUGUGUUGGAGGCCGUUGCCGACCAACGGUUGUGGAUCUGGCAUGCCUACUUUGGAGUCGUUGGGUCGAACAACGACCUCAAUGUGUUGAACGGGUCUCCAUUGUUCAACGACUUGUGUGUCGGGCGAGUGCCUACCGUAGAGUUCACGGCCAACCACCGUCGGUACACUAUGGGGUACUAUCUGGCAGACGGGAUCUACCCUAGAUGGCCCGUGUUCGUGAAGACCAUCACAUGUCCGACUAUGGAUAGGAGGAAGUUGUUUGCCAAAAAGCAAGAGGCGGCUCGGAAAGAUGUAGAGCGCGCAUUUGGAGUUCUCCAAUCACGUUGGGCUAUAGUGAAGGGACCGGCCCGUGGUUGGCACCGUCCGCUAAUCGCCGACAUCAUGUAUGCAUGUAUCAUAAUGCAUAACAUGAUCGUUGAGGACGAGGGAGACAACGCCACUGACUGGAGCGACGAUCCGCUCGUCAGCGCCAGCAGUAGCUACAUUGUCACCGAUCCGAUCAUGCAAGGUGUUCCUCCCGACGUGCGCAAUGUCAUGGCCCGUUCAGCGGCAAUGCGCCAAGAAGAUCAACACACACGCCUCCAAGCGGAUCUAAUUGAAGAAAUUUGGAACCGCAAUUGA